UCUGAGCCGCUCAGAUGCUUCUCAGAUGGAGACUCUGCGUCCUGGUGCAGGGCCUCACGCUGCUCCUGUCCGGCCCCGCCUGCGAGGCCUCUUCCCUGGGGAUGACCGUCCACGCUGUGCCCCUGGAAAGUGAUGGAGGGAAAACGGUGCGAGCACAUUUCACCGCCAUCGCUCCCACUCCCUGUCCCGGGCUGACAGACCUGUGCUCUGAGGGCGAGGACUGUCUGGUCCACGCCACCCCUCUACCCUUCACCGGCACCAAGCCCGAACCCGGCUGGUGUGUCCGCCAGUGGCAGAAAAAUGUCCCCAGUGAUUUCACUGGCUCCAUCAGUUUGGGGGACAAAACAACGUUCUAUGUUUCACUGAAAGCACGACCGAUUGUUCGGAAAAACACCGGGAGACUCAAUCAUCCUGCUUUUGUUGCUCUUCCUCCUCCACUAAGGGCCCGCGCGGACUGCCCUCACCACUUCAGUCUGUCCGUCAAAGACCUGGACGGGGACCGGGUGCGAUGCCGCUUCGCCCAGGCCGACCAGGGAGAGUGUGUCAGCUGCCCUCGACACUCCUUCAUAGAACUGAAUCAGGAGAAAUGUGUGGUGACGUUCACUGGAAGAGCUGCAGCGGGAACGUACUUCAUCUACCUGAUGGCAGAGGAUCUGAUUCCUGUGCCUAAAAACGCCCACGGCCAAGACAACACCCCCCUCAGCGCCGUCCCUGUGCACCUCUCUCUCACCGUGGAGGAGUCGUCGACCAGAUGCAUUGAGGAACCAGUGGCGAUGGACGACAACCCCGAAGAGGACUCCACGCACUUUGUCCUUCCGUUCCAGGAGGUGAGCUUCAACAUCAACUUCAUGUCACGGCUGGAAAGUGUUUUAGAGAUGGCAGUGGUUGGUCCCCCGGGACUUUUCAGGGUUGGCUUCAAAUCAGUCGGCCCCUUGUCCAUGAUGACCAUGGCCUGGGUCCGCUCCGAAAACAAACUGGCUCCGCUGCUGCCCCUCUGCUUCGCUGCAAACACCAAGAGUUUGCAGUCAGAGCCCAGAUGUGUGUGGUUGUACCAACGGGAAAUGAAGACGCUUCCUGCUGGAACAGAGCUCAAGUGUGGGAAGACAGAAAUGACUCUGGUGCUUCCCACCGCCUCCCUCACCGACAUCCAGAUGGACGAGCUGCAGCUCAACAGCCCCACGUGUCCUGUGUCCUACAACAACACCCACCUGACGGCCAGCAUCUCCCUGAGCGGCUGCGGCACCAAGACUGUGCACACUGGAUCAGAGCUGGUUUACACCAACACCUUGCAAAGUGUGCGUCCCUACACUAGGGUCAGCCGAAAGCCGGUACUCAUCCUCCCUCUGGCCUGCCGGAUCCCUGGAGCCCAGGUGAAGGGACCACACUACCAGAUUGGGAUUCCCACAGAGAAGGAGGUCUUCGGUGAAUAUUUGGGCUUUGAGAUCCAACUAUACUUCCCAGGAGAGGGACCCAUGGCAAAUUACACCAAGUUUGCCAGGUUGCGCGAAAUCGUCAGAUCACCACCACGAACGCGACGAGAGGCGGAGUCAAUAUUGGGGAGCAACAGCUCCUCCACCGGCUCCACUAACAGCAAUGACACCAUCGAGUCCGAGAUCAAGCAGAUAGACUUGCACAUUUUGGCAAACUGCAGCAUCGAGCGCGCCGAGCUGUUAGUGAGCCAGUGUUUAGAGUCUGAGACGGAGGACUUUGCAGUUACCAGGCCUAUCCUGAGCCAAGGGUGUGCGGCUUCCAACAGCACGUUCGAGGUUGUCACAACAGAAACCAACUACAAGAUUUACCGCCUUGAUUUGAACAGUCUACAGAACCAGGGAACAACGAUGUAUGUCGAGUGCACAGUCAAUCUGUGCAUCACAACUUUGCCUUCCCAGAAGUGCCCGGACCUGUGUUCCCAAACCUUUAACACCAAAGCAAUGGUUCAAAGUGUGUUCACCAGAUCUUACGCCGUCCGAUCAGGACCCCUUAGCCUUGUGGCCACCACUCCUGCACCAACCACUCUCGCCACUACAACGAUCCCAACCACUACAACUACUACUCCUCCUACUACUACUACUACUACUCCACCUACAACUACAACUACUACUCCACCUACAACUACAACUACAACUACAACUACAACUAAAACUACAACUACUACAAGUACUUCAACUUCCACAACUUCACAUGCUCCAGGACAGAUGUCAUUCGUGGCAGUAGGAGUGAUUUUAACAACUCUCCGCAUAUCUCUUCAGAACAUCUUUCUCGACUGAAACAUGCUGCUGCUCUGCGAUCGGUCACAAUAUGAAACCAUGCAUUUGAAGAUUUAUCCCAAAUGUGGUUUCCCAUGGUUCCACUGUAUAUUCUGAAUUUCUCCUGGGAAUAAAAUAGCUUCAAAGCACUACAUUACGAUGUCAUUACAACCACCAGGGAGGUUGUCGGUUGUGCUGUUGAUCUAUGUUGCAUUGUACAGAGUUGUGUGUUUGUUUGUUUGUCAGUGGUAAUAUGAAGAAAAUGCUAAUUUGCACCAAAGUUUUGGUUUAAUUUUGUUAUUAUAAUUGGUUUUAACAAUUUCCUUCCAUCCAUGUCAUUGUUCCUCUCUUUCUCUUUACUUUCUGACAGCUCUCCACUGUUUGUAGCCAUUGCAGAACAUAUUAUUUUACCAUUAAUAUGACUUUAUCAUUCUGCAGUACUUUGAAUUUGUACUUAAUAUCCAGGGGUUAAAUUGCUCAGCAUAUGCAAGCAAUAUUUUAUAUGAAACCAACAUUGGAAGGAAAUUAAAGUGGCAAGAUAAUGAAAUUGAGUCAAAGUAGCAUGGACAGAUCUGUUAUCCAUUACUGCUACUACAAAUAAUGUCCAGUCGUUUUCAAAAACCGACAUUGGAAUAUUUUUUAAAUCAACAACAUUAAAAAUAAAAAGGGGAGCUGCAUAUAAAUCAAAUAAAAGGAAUUAAAUACAAUAAUAAAUGCACAUAAGAGUGGGAUGAUGCAAGUGGAAAACCAAAGUGAUAAGUGUGAUGCAGGUCUUGCACAUUUACCGGCGAAUUGCACACGAUAUACUAUGGAAGCCCAUUUCUGCUUGUACAAGAAAAUAAAGAUUUAUCAAAAUUA